AUGGCUUUUACCAAUGAUAAUUCCAAUACGAAGGUGCUUACAUUAGCCGAAUGUCGAAAGCUAGCUGAAGAUAAAGAUAAAUGUAUACUGUUGAUCAAUAAUCGUGUAUAUGAUGUUACAAAAUUCCUUGAAGAGCAUCCAGGUGGUGAAGAAGUCUUAAAAGAACAACAUGGUCGAGAUGCAACAAAUGCUUUUGAAGAUGUUGGUCAUAGUUCCGAUGCACGUGAACAAAUGAAAACAUAUGAAAUAGCUCAAGUUGAUCCUAGUGACAUUAAGACACCGGCUCGUCCUACAGUUGUCAAACCAAGUGGUAGUACAGAUGGUGUUCGUGAUGAUACUGGUUCAUCGUGGACUAAAUGGGUUAUUCCUCUUGUGAUAGCUAUAGCAGCUGUAGUUCUUUUUAAAUUACUUACAAAAUCUGCCGCAGAUGUUAAUCGACCACCAACAGCAAUAUAA